AUGCUUUCUUCACGCAGCAUCCGCAACCGCGGCCAUGCAGUAAAGGAAAAAGUUCAUCAGCGUCUCACAGAUGCAUCCAGCUGGCGGCUUCCUAAGCAAAAUAGCGGUAUCGCACCACCUGAUGUCUGGACGAAUGCGGAUAUGGAACCGGUGCCGCCGGAGAAGCGCACUUGGGGCAAGAGUGCUUUCGUGACCUACUGGUUCUCGGACUUGGUAACCAUCUCAACUUGGAGCUCAGGAUCGGCUAUUUUCGCCUCUGGUCUGACUGCAACCGACGCUGUCGUCAUCACGCUCGUGGCAGGAAUAUGCAACGCUUUACCAACGGUACUCAAUGGCGCCAUCGGAUCAAAUCUGCACGUCCCUUUCCCUAUCGCAUCUCGCGCGAGCUUCGGUUACUGGUUCAGCUACUUUGCUGUUCUUAGUAGAGGUGUCUUGGCCAUGUUCUGGUUUGGUGUACAGACGGCUAAUGGAGGAACAUGCGUAACAGUGAUCCUUACAGCCAUCUGGCCGAGCUUUCGGGCACUACCUAACCACCUACCUGCAUCAGUUGGCCUUACAACGGCUGGAAUGGUCUCGUACUUUCUGUAUUGGCUCGUCCAAUUUCCGUUUCUUCUUAUCCCUACCCACAAGCUUCAGUACAUGUUUUGGGUGAAGACAAUCUUAUUGCCGCCUGUAGCCAUUGGGAUGACUGUCUGGGUUGCCGUCAAAGCAGGUGGCAAUGGCACCUUCUUCUCUCGUCCGGCCUCUGUGCAUGGGUCUGAACGGGCUUGGCUUUGGCUGUCUGGCAUGACAAGCAUCACAGGAGGUUAUAGUACCCUCGCCGUCAACAUUCCCGACUUUUCAAGGUUCAGCAAAGAUCCUCGAGCUCAGUACUGGCAGAUGCCAGUGAUUCCAUUCUUCAAGACCAUGGUGGCUUUGAUGGGUAUUGUGUCUGCAUCUGCUGCGCAACAGAUUUGGGGCACAGCCUACUGGACGCCACUCCAAAUCAUCGAUACCUGGAUGAAUACUCCUGGUGGCCGUGCUGCAGCCUUCUUUUGCGCCUCGAUCUGGUUGCUUGGACAGCUCAGCGUCAACAUUAGCGCCAACGCCGUAUCUUUCGCCAAUGACGUUACAACGCUUGCACCCAAGUACUUCAAUGUGCGUCGUGGGUCCAUUCUAGUGGCUUUCAUUGGAGGUUGGGCGCUGUGUCCUUGGAUCAUUGUAGCGUCUGGCAAGGCUUUCCUCAAUUUCAUGAGUGCCUAUGCCAUAUUCAUGGCACCCAUGGCUGGCAUACUCUUUACCGACUACUGGCUAGUCAAACAUCGAAGAUACGACGUCCCCGCUUUAUACGACCCACGUGGCAUCUACCGCUAUGGUCGGUAUGGAACGAACUGGAGGGCUUUCAUUGCAGUGUUUGUCACUAUUAUACCACUAUUGCCCGGUCUGGCGAACAAGGUGAACCCCGACAUCAAACUUGCCGACGGACUUCAACACCUUUUCACGUUCAACUGGCUUUAUGGCUUUUUCUUAUCCAUCUUCAUAUACUACUUUUGUAAUCUCUUCUUUCCGCAUAGACAAACACUCAUCACCAAAGUUGUUACUGGUUUUGAACGUCUGGAUGGUAUUGAAGUGGGAGAAGAAGAGAAUAACUACACAAAUGUUGGGAAGGUUAGUGACUCCAAGGUUUCCCAAAAAUCAUCAAGUCGCGACGAUUGA